UUACUGCGCGUCUUCCCGACUGUGUCGUUUUAGGGAGGGGGAAAAACACUCGAGAGCUCUGGCCACGCCUUUUCUGCCUCUCGUGCCCGUGUCACCUCUUGCGUAGUCAAGUGGAGCAGUCAGACUCACUGUUGUGUUAAGCGAGAGGGACAAGUCGAGUCGGUACUUGUCCCCGAAUGAGGAAUAUGUGCACACAGGAAUACAAUGGCGGAGCCUGGCGCAUUUGAAGAACUCCAGUCGGAACUCACCUGUCCGGUGUGUCUGGAGAUCUUCCGCGAUCCUGUCAUCCUCGAGUGCGGACACCACUUCUGCCAGGUUUGCAUCGUUCAGUGCUGGGAGGCCAAAGCGGACGAGCAGACCACUUGCCCCAAGUGCCGCAAAACUUGCGCGCGGAAACUGCGGCCCAACUCGCUCUUGUGUAACGUGGUGGACAGCGUGCGUCGAGCUCAGGCCAUGGACCCUGCCGCCGCCACUGCAGCGGGAGGAGCAGGGGCGCCGACGCCGCCCGGGUGGGAACCGGAAGGCCCGCCGGACGAGUUGGAGGAACGGGAGCCCGGGUCCAGCAUGAGCAGCGUAGCCUCGUCCGUCGGACACUGGCCGCGCCUGUUCGGAAUUGACAUGUGCGAGGAACACGAGGAGAAACUCAAACUUUACUGCGAAGACGACCAGCUGCCUAUUUGUCUGGUCUGUGGCAUGUCUCGGGACCACAAGACGCACAACGUCAUCCCCAUUAACGAAGCCUUCGAGAAUUACAAGGAUAAACUGUCUCAGGCUGUGGAGAGAGUUCAGCAGCAGUCGGAGGAUGCCUCACUUUUCCAAAAACACACAAAUGAAAAAAUCCUUCUCAUUAAGGAGCGAGCAGGGGAUCUGGAGGAGAUGAUCAGUGAAGAGUUUGGCCACUUGAGAGAGUUCCUUCAGGAGGAGGAGGAUCGCAUCAAGCAGAAACUGCAGAAGCAAAAGGAGGAGAAACUCGCCGAGCUGGAGGGGGCACUCACAGAGGCCACGCAGCAAAUCAGUCAGCUGGAAAGCACCGCCAACCAGCUCCGCCUCAAACUAAUGGAGGAAGAAAACCCUGAACAACUCAAGGGGAUUAAAGAUUUUAUUGGCGGGGCUGAGAGCAUGUUUGAGCGCCCCCCAGAGGUGAGUGUGGAUCUACAGUCAGGAGACUUUGUGGGACCUUUGCAGUACAGAACCUGGAGGAAAAUGAGUGCAGUUUUUCAGCCUGCUGUGACCGCAGUGUCAUUGGACCCGCACACGGCCUACCCCUGCCUGUGGGUCUCCUUAUGUCGCACCAGUGUCCGAGUGGGUAAAAUUCAGCCCAACCUGCCCAACAACCCAGAACGCUUCACUCGCUACAACAUCGUCCUUGGCUCAGAGGCCUUUUCCUCUGGUAGACACUACUGGGAGGUGGAGGUGGGCUCCAAGACGGCAUGGGGUCUCGGUGUGGCCCGAGCUUCCGUCAACAGGAAGGAUGAGAUCAACCUCUGCCCAGAGGACGGUUUCUGGACCCUGGUGCUGAGGGACAACGGAGAUGGCACCAGCGAGUACGAAGCAUGCACGGACACGGAGCAGGAUAGCUUGUUAUAUCCAUCCAAGCCCCCAAGGCAGGUGGGCAUCUAUCUGGACUACGACCGCGGUGAAGUGGCCUUUUAUGACGCAGGAGACAUGAGCCACCUGUUUACCUUCUACGAUGCCAAAUUCGACGAGCCAGUAUACCCAUACUUUAAUCCCUGGCCUAUUAUUAACGGCUACAACUGGGAGCCGCUAACCAUUGUCUCGCCACACUGGGGAUAGAUGAGUCUGCACAUUUGGCUGCAAGAUGUUGAAACAGGUUUUCGGUGUCAAUGUAAUCCUGUUAAGAAAAGGAUAACGCAGUGAAAUCCCACAUAUUUGCCUUUUGGCAUUUGCAAAUUGGUCUAUUUGGUCAAUUUGUUUUAACCUAUACAGUACUAUCUUGUUCACUGAAGAACUGCAUGAAAAAUGAGUAACAGUAUUGUUUUCCUGCCAUUUGGUGGCAUCUCUGUGAUAAUGUGAGUUGAAGAGCACUAUUUAGACAACAACAGUCCUUUGCCACCAUCUUUUGGCAUCUCUGGGCAGUAAAGUAUAUUCUAAAUCUUUUGGGUGGGGCAUCAGUUACUUGCAGAUUUUUGCUGAUAUGCCUCAGCUCCUAGCCCCAACGAAUAGCAUGGGUUCACUGUAAUGUGCAAAGCUAAAAAAAAAUUGUAUUAAAAAGAUGAAAAGCAAACAAACUGUACAACAAAGUACCAAGGUGACCCUUGUGAGGAUACCGCAAGCGGUUUGGAUAAUUUAAGGCCUGAGCACUGGGUGGUGCAAAAGCCCUCUUGCAAUCACCAUUUUUUCUUAUUAUUGCCAUUGGGGGGGCCUCACCAUGCCCAAAAAAAACUUUUUAGCCCCAUGAAAAUGUCUAUGAAGAGUUCCGUUCCGAACACACAAAGCAGGGCUUUCUUGACAGUGGGGGGGGGGGGGGGGGGGGGUGAAUCAAUCUUUGACGCCAGUUUGACUGACUGAUGUGAAAUUGGGUGGAGAUGUUUAUCAUAAGAGGACGCAAAAAAAAAUCUCCCAAGGACCCAUGUUCAAAAUUGCAAGGGAAGUUGGCCAUUUUCAUACUCAUGCAUGAUUAGACUUCUCAGAAAUUCAUCCAAAUGAUCCCCAUUGAAAGUGACCAAAACUAUAGAGGCCAGCCAAUUCUUUUUUUUUUUUUCGCUUUGAUUUGGAGAUUGACUAUUUCCGUCAUAGGGUUUGCUGUUGGAGGUAAGAAUAGAAUACUGAAUACACCUCUAAAACAUUAAAAGGAGCACAUAAAAUAAGGGUGUUAGAACAGCCUUUUAAUUUUAGGACUCACUUUGGUGCAAUAUAUGAAUACACUAUAUGUUCCACAUUGUUAUUCAAAUACUUAAUUGCAACUAAAGCUUUUAACUCCC